AGUUUCAUUUAGAGCCAGCAUGGCCGAGAAAGACUCGAAAUGCUGCGAGAGAUCGUGAAGACGAGCCCUGACAUACCGCAUUAGAAAACUCGAAGUUUACUUCGUUUUCAUAUUUCAGUGCUGCCAUAUGGUGGUGACAUAGGGCAGCACUGCAGCCAACCGUAGCAGGCGUAGCGCUGUUUUGUGCUUCCCGGGCUUUACGAAGCGUGGAACUGGUUGUAGUUCUGUAAUAGUAAUUAGUUUGUAUUCGUGUGUGUGGGUGUUAAAAUAGGCUAUACUUUGAGAAAUAUGAAACGAACUCGUUUCUAUUUGAAUGGUAGGAAAAUUCAUUGAAAAACUAUCUUCACAUUGAAGAGGUUAUGUUGUGAAUGCGUUUUAUUUUGAAGUAAAGCAAUUGCUGUCAUCGAAGUCUCGAAUGAAGAUCAUUCAUCAAUUCAUAAUGCUUCCAGUCUUCAGAAACAUUAACGUCUCUCCACUGAAGCACACAAAUCGUCCUGUAAAUCCAUUUGAUCUGUGCCAUUUGAUUAGAAUACGCCUGUGUUCGAGUAAAGCUUCUGCAGUAAAGGAGUUCGAGAAUCCUGAGAUUUCACAUGCAGAAGGGAGUGCUGUAACUAUUAGCAACCAAUUUGAACUUCUUGCGGAUGUAAUGACACCUCUAUGGAAAAUGCCAUAUGAUGAGCAGCUAAGAGAAAAACAUAAGUGGUCUCAAAACGUUGUGAGAAUGAUAAAUGAAAGAGUUAAUGCAAAUCGUAAGGGAAAAAGACGUUUGAAUGUGACUCCCAAAAUUUAUCAUGUAAAACCAUCACCAGUGGUAAUGGAAUAUCGAAAUAAGGAUGAGUUCAGCAUAAUGAAUGGUGCUGAUGGACAUCCUAAAACUGUUGGCUUCUUUAUUGGCAGUACUGCAUCAGAUAAUGCGGUUUGUGUUCCAGGAACUCAUGUUAUAACCAUGAGAGAAAAGCAUAAAAAAAUAGCUCAGAAUUUUGAACAAUACAUCCGUACAUCUGAGCUUCCUGUUUGCACCGAUUUUCGCCCUGGGGGAGGAAAUUGGCGAAGAUUUAUAGUUCGAUCCAACGAAGAAGGAAACACCCUCGCUGUAGCUGUAUGUCAUCCACAGUUAUUGUCUCAAGAACGAUUGACAGAGGAACAACAAAGACUGAAAGAAUAUUUCACCUCCGGUCCUGGGAAAGAUGAUUGUCCUCAGUCUUUGUACUUUCAAGCUUGCCCACAUGCACGAUGUACCAAUGAGCAAGCACCUUUUGUUUUGUUACAUGGUAAGCCAUUUCUUGAAGAGCAUAUGUGGGGGAAAACUUUUCGUAUUUCACCAGAUUCCUUUUUUCAGAUUAACACGCAGGCUGCUGAAGUGCUGUAUGAAACCAUAUUAAAACAGGCAAAUCUGACUCCAAGAAGUACUUUGUUGGAUGUGUGCUGUGGUGUAGGUCCUAUAAGCAUUUUGGCAGCUGAUCAUGUGAGAGGUUGUGUUGGAAUUGAAUCUGUGCGGGAUGCUGUUCUAGAUGCAAAAUUCAAUGCAAAAAUCAAUAAUGCAACUAAUGUUGAUUUUUUCUAUGGUUUAGCAGAGAGGCUGACAGAAAGAAUAAUAGAAGAACUGAAUUUAGCAACAGAUAUUGUAGCUGUUUUGAAUCCUGGAAGGGCUGGUUUGGAUCCAAGAGUGCUACGUUUGUUGUACAAGUGUCCACAAAUUUCUACUGUGAUAUAUGUUUCCUGUAAAGCAGAUAUGCCUUCUACCCUCAAGAAUUUUGUUCAGCUGUUAACAGAGGGUAACUUCAAAUUGAAAUCUGUUACCCCUGUUGAUUUGUUUCCUCACACAUGGCAUACAGAACUCAUUUUGAAAUUUAUAAGAUGAUGAUGUGCAAUAUUUUACUUAAGUAGAAGAAGAAUGACAAGAGUAAAUUAAUUUUAAAAUUUCAAAAAAACUCGGAAAUAUUAUUUUGAAUGAAAAAUAUUUUAAUUGUUUGGUUGGGCUGUUCACUAGAAGUCUGUGCAAGUUUAACAAAAAAUAUCAAUUUUUCUGAAACAAAAUGUUUUCAGAAAUAAAUAAGAAUAAUUCAAAAAAGAGAAGUGUUUUUGAACUAAGUUGACAAACAAAUCAACACAAUGCUUGUGCCAAAUUUAGUUCUGAGUAUUCCUUACUUGGAACUUUCUUGUAUUCAUUGAAUAGAGUCAAUUUGUAAUUGUUAUAAUUUGUAAUAGUUGCAAAAUAUUGAUCUCAUCUCAAGAUUUUGAUGGAAAUACUCACUUUGGGGGUUCCUGCUACCAAGAAAGUGUUGUGUUGUUUUCCCUUGUGUACCUUUUUUUCCCCAAAACUUUUGUCUGUUUGAAACCUCUGAAAUUUCAAAUAUUGCAGAAGUUCAACUUUCUUUUUGAUGUGUGAUUCAGGAGUGUUUGUAUAUUUGAUUUAUUUAAAAUAAAAAUAAAAAA